GUAAAGUUUUUACUAAAACAAUUAAAAAUUGUUGGCUUCAUACAAAAAUUAUAUUUUCUCAUGAUGAUGAUGAAACACCUAUCAGUUUUUCUACUUUUGUUGAUAACAAUAAAGAUAUAAAUGAAUAUUUGCCUAUAGAUUCAAAUAAUACUAAAGAACUUUAG